AUGCUUGAUAGUGGCAACUUUGUUGUAGCCGAUAACAAUGCGGCCCCUCUAUGGCAGAGCUUUGACGAACCAACAGACACAAUAUUGCCGACGCAAACACUAGAACGAGGAAGCAGUCUCGUAGCUCGUCACUCUGAGGGAAACUACUUAAGUGGAAGGUUUGAGCUCAGGUUGCAAAUUAAUGGAGAUCUUGUGUUUUUCACCAGGAAUGUCCCGUUGGAUGACAUCAACUCGCCUUAUUGGAAAAUCGAAAGCGGUGGGAGUGGCUAUCAAGUGAAGUUCAAUCAGUCUGGCCUCAUCUAUUUCUACGCAAGUAAUGGAAGUGUCUUGGAAGUUUUAUCAAACAAAACUUCGACGGGCCUAUUCUACCAACGGGCGAUUCUUGAAUAUGAUGGGGUUUUUAGGCACUAUGUCUACCCAAAAUCAGAUAACUCAACUGGUGGGAGGCAAAAGAAUUGGUCCACUAUCUCCUUUGUGCCAUCAAAUAUAUGCACAAGCAUUCUCCAAGAAACAGGAGCAGGGAUUUGUGGGUUUAAUAGCUACUGCCAGAUUGAAAUUGAAAGUGACGGAAGGCGUAAAUGCUUUUGCCCAUCAGGCUAUAACUUCAUUGAUCCAUAUGACGAGAUGGGUUGGUGCAAGCCAAACUUUUCGCCUCAGAGUUGCGGUACAGAGUCCCAGGAAGCGGAUCAUUUCAGCUUUUCUGAAGUGGUUAAUUUGGAUUGGCCGCUGUCUGACUACGAGCAUUACCAGCCGAUGGCUGAAGAGCGGUGCAAGGAGAUUUGCUUGAACGAUUGCUUUUGUGCUGUUGCCAUUUUUGGAAGUAACAACUGCUGGAGGAAGAAGAACCCUCUCUCCAACGGGAGGCUUGACCAAACUGUUGAUCGGGUUGGUUUUGUGAAAGUAGGGAGCGACAAUUCUACUUCUCCUACGAAACGAGUGGGACCGAAGAAGAAGGAUCAAAACCCUUUAGUUAUUGGAUUAGGCAGCUUAGCACUUCUUCUCUUCCUUUUACUCUUAUUAACCUUUGGGGAUUUAAUUGGUUUUUUAAGAGAAAUUCAAAGGUCUUACGAGAAUAUGCAAAUAAAAUAA